AUGGGUCGUCCAACUGUAUUCUUUGAUAUUACAAUUUCCGGUAAAUCGGUUGGUCGAAUUGUUAUGGAAUUAUUCAAUGAUAUUGUACCAAAAACUGCCGAAAAUUUCCGAGCGCUUUGCACCGGAGAGAAAGGAAUAGGAAAGAAUGGUGUACCAUUACAUUAUAAAGGAAGCAAAUUUCAUCGAAUUAUUCCCGAAUUUAUGUGCCAAGGAGGUGAUUUUACUCGUGGUAAUGGAACCGGUGGAGAAUCAAUUUACGGUCAAACGUUUGCAGAUGAGAAUUUUACUGCCCUGCAUACUGGCCCUGGAACACUUUCAAUGGCAAACGCUGGGCCAAACUCAAACGGAUCUCAGUUUUUCAUAUGCACUGUAAAAACGAGUUGGCUUGAUGGCAAACACGUCGUGUUUGGUAAAGUUAUUAGCGGUAUGGAUGUUGUACAGCGCAUCGAAAAAGAGGCAUUUUUUUUAAAAUUAAAUUUUUUAAUGCAAAAUUUUUUUUAA